AUGGCUGCACAGCGUAUUGCCUGGAUUGGCCUUGGAAACAUCGGCCGGGGCAUGAGCCGGAACAUCGCCCUGAAAGGCCCUCAAACCAGCCCCCUGAUCCUCUACAACCGGACCACGUCCAAGGCCUCCGCCUUUGCUCAAUCCCUGGGCCCCGGCAAAGCCACUGUCGCGGAGACCCUGCCGGCCGCCGUGCGCGACGCAUCCGUCACCUUCAUCUGCGUCGGCGACGACCCCGCCGUCGACUCCAUCGUCAACACCCUCGUGUCCGACUCCUCGCUUGAUCUCACCGGCAAGACCAUCGUCGACUGCUCCACCGUCCACCCCGACACCUCUCGACGCAGCCACGCCGCCCUGACCACCCGCGGCGCCGCCUUCGUCGCGUGCCCGGUGUUCGGUGCGCCCAACGCCGCCGAGGCCGGCCAGAUGGUCGUCGUACCGGCGGGCGACCCGGCUGCCGUCGACCGCAUCAAACCAUGGCUGGAGGGAGUCACCUCCAAGGCGAUCAUCGACAUGAGCGGCGAGGAGGUCGGGCGCGCCCUGAUGCUCAAGGUCCUGGGCAACACGUUCAUCCUCAACAUGGUCGAGACGCUGGCCGAGGGCCUGGUCAUCGCCGAGAAGUCCGGCCUCGGCCGCGAGGUGUACCGCCAGUGGGUGCAUAUGUUCUCGCCCGGCCCGUUCGCCAAGUAUGCGGACCGCAUGUGCACGGGUGAUUACUACCAGCGGGAGGAGCCGUUGUUUGCGGUUGAUCUUGCCCGCAAGGAUCUGCGGCAUGCGUCGAGUCUUGCUAGCGAUGCGAACAUGCGGCUGCGUAGUGUCGAGGUUACGGAUGAGUACUUGAAACAGGUCAAGGCUGAGAAGGGUGAGAAGGGCGAUAUUGCUGGUGUGUAUGGGGCGAUUCGGAAGGAGUCCGGACUGCCGUUUGAGAAUCAGUAA